AUGACGGUCAAACGCCGCUCCCACGGACGCAACAAGAAGGGCCGCGGCCACGUGAACCGCGUGCGCUGCGCGUCGACGGGCAAGGCCAUCCCCAAGGACAAGGCCAUCAAGCGCUUCAUCGUGCGCAACAUCGUCGACGCGUCGUCCAUGCGCGACAUCCGCGACGCGAGCGCCUACGAGACCUACGCGCUCCCCAAGAUCUACAUCAAGCAGUACUACUGCAUCGAGGCCGCGGUUCACCAGCGCAUCGUCCGCUCCCGGUCGCGCACGGACCGCCGCAACCGCGACCCGCCGCCGCGCUUCCAGCGCCGUUAG